AUGAGGCAAAGAGUGAAAGAAACCCGGCACAUCUGCACCAUCGAAGAGACACGCAUUUCACAAGCGGAAGAUCGUGCCCUUCCGAGGCGUAUGAAAUUUUUACGUGCCCUGCAAAAGCUACGACUUGCCUCGGAACGCCACCCUUCGACGGAAAAACACCUAAAGAGUUCGUACCAGAUCAUCAAGGAAAACGAGCGCCUUUUGCGAUCGUAUCCUUCCUUCAUAGUCCAUCCGUUCAGCUUGCUGCGAAUGUCGAGCGAUGUGAUUGUUUUCAUCGUGAUGAACCUUCAUCUUACGCUGCUACCGUUUGCAUUUAGUUUUCUGGCUUUCGAUUCACAUCCCACCCGCCAUCUGGUGGAGUACAUCGAUCUGUUCCUUUGCCUGAUCCUGGUGGUAGAAUUCGGGAUAACGUUCUGUACCGGAUUUGUGGUUUUCGAAACGAACGAAAUUGUUCUCGAGCCUGGCAAGAUCUUCUUCAACCGUUUGCGACCGUUUCGGUUGAUGUACGAUCUGUUACUAUUUUUGCCGUACAUACUACUGCUAGAGGUGUUUGAUGAGUUAAUCUAUGAAGCAGGAGCGGAAAGUUGUCUUGUAUUUGUGUUGUUCCUGUAUCUGUGCCACAUUGCCCGGUUCCGGGAUAGCAAUAGAUACUUUCGGGUGAUCGCAAGAUCACUGCAAAUGCCCGAAAGCAAAACGCGCAUUGUACAGGUCAUUAUGAACACACUGUUCGUACUGCACUGGACCACCUGUCUCGGGUACAUUAUACCGAUUCUACUGCAAGCGAAACCAUCCACUCGAACCUUCGACGAGGAAGAGCUGCUAUCAGUGAUGCGAAUGCAACUGCAGCAUCCGAACGUUUCGGCCGUAUUACAGCACGUUGCCAAUCCUUUCGUACGACUUCGAGUAAGCGAUGUAGAAAGCAAUGCCUCUACAACCUACCGAUACUUCCGGAGCAUGAUGGUAACGCUGCGGGUCGGUAUGGCAGCGAGCGAAAAGAAGGACAUCGAGCAACAUUUCGUGUACCAUUGGAUCAUGAUGCUGGUAAUGUUUCUGGGCUGGCUGUGGUUCAAUUACGUGCCCGUCGUACUGUGCCGGUUUUUCGAUUCGCCCGAAAUGGCCACCGAUCAGUACGACAAAUUUAUGGCCAAUCUGAAAGCGUUCGCGCACAACAAACACCUCAGCGGGCCGCUGCAGAAGAAGCUACGAAAUAACUUUGCAACACGUUUCCGCACCCGGUACUUCGAUGAGGAAAUGAUCAUGGGGUUGUUUCCGAAGAAUUUACGAAGCAGCAUACGGAUGGAAACCUGCCGCCAUCUUGUGGCGAGUGUAGAUUUGUUCAAGAAUCUUCCCUACUUCAUACUGACGGACAUUGUGAACUGUUUGCAGCUGGAGAUUUAUCUGCAGGACGAUGUGAUUAUUGCGGCCGGCAGUUACGGUGAUUCGAUGUACUUUCUGGCAAUGGGAACGGUAGCAGUUUAUGCGUUGAAUGGAAAGGAGCUGGGCCACCUAACGGAUGGUGCGUACUUUGGUGAGAUAUCCCUUAUCAAGCGAAAUCAGCAGCGGACGGCUAAUGUGAUUGCACUGGAAGCGUGUGAAAUCUAUCGUUUGUCGCAUGAAGAUUUCCAGAACGUUAUUAAACCGCAUGCCUAUCUGUUGAACCGGAUCCGGAAGCAGGCCGAGCAGCGAUUGUCUGUGAUGAAAAAGAAGAAAGAUAAGAUGUAUGGCAAAAAGUUUAUCGAAGCAUUCCUGCAGUGA